GCUCACAGUCAGUAAAUUGGAAAACAACUGACAGUGGCGAGCCCCAGUGCUCCGUAAUGUCGAAUGUGCACUAUGACGGUCCCAUGGAGCGUCUGCAGGUCCUGCUGUCUUCUUUACCUCCUCCUGGCUCUGAACACACACAGCGCAAGAUCUGCUCCCGACUUUUCCGUUUAUCUCCACUCCAUCCUGAGAAAUCACACUGCCCAUGCCUGUGACGGGGACACUCUAACUAUCAAGUGUCCUUCCAGAACCUCUGUGGCUGUUCUCUCCGCAUUUUAUGGACGACGUGUUCCGAGCAAGAACUUAUGUCCUCCGACCAACACAAACACAACAGAGGACAGCACUGAAUGCACAUCCUCUGUUGCUACUGAGAAAGUUGAGUCAGAAUGCCAGGGCAGGAGGAGAUGUCAGAUCUUGGUCAUUAAUGCAGUGUUCGGACAGGACCCCUGUCCACUCACCAGCAAGUACCUCUUAGUGUCCUACAAGUGUCGCCCAGAGCAUCACCGCAAUAGGUUGGUAUGUGAGAAUGAGAGACUGAGGCUGGCGUGUAAGAAUGACACCGUCCUCGCCAUCUACUCAGCCACGUUUGGACACCUGCUCCAUGGGAGUCCUAACUGCCCCCAGACUACUGCAGCACAAACAGAUAUGGAGUGUCUGUCCCCCUCGGCCCUGAGGAAAGUGUCACGCAAGUGUCAUGGGCGGCCCAACUGCUCCUUACUGGCAGACACUCACACUUUUGGGGACCCCUGCUUCCCUGGGACCAGGAAGCACCUGCGGGUGUCUUUCACAUGUGUUCCUCGAUAUCUCUUGGAGGAUGUGGGGCGUGGGCCAACAGACCCUUUCAUGAUAUCAGACUACACACAUGGAGGAUGGUACACUGGCCCUGGCAUCUCCCGGCCUCAAAAUGUACUUUUAACCAACUCUCUGGAAAUCUUUGACAGAAUACUGGGUCUUCCAGAGAAGGUGGCUCUGUACUUUGUCUCUGGGAUCUGUGCUGGCCUCGUCUUCCUGCUGUGUCUGUUUGGCCUGCGCUCCACGGUGGUGAGGGACGUCAAGGAGCUGGUGACAGAGCUGGGGGAUGAGCUGAAGGCCAGCCGCAGACAGCGCCGGGAGCUCAUGGAGGACCUUUAUGACGACGACUCCUCAGACGCUUCCUCCUUCCGCCGCCUCACGCAGUCUUACCGCACGGCGGACCUGAUCAGCCCGUCCAUGAUGGUGGAGAUGGUGGAACGUGUGGGAGAGAAUGAUAAGGAUCUGCCCAACGGAGACAUCUGGCCACACCGUGACUCCAGUCCCUAUGCCAUCCACAAGAUCCAUGUCUGCAGUACCUGAGAUAGAAAAAAGUACUGUUGUGAAUUGAUCGUAAACAGUACAAUUAAACUUUCAUUCUAGUCUA